UACAGCCAUAAGCCACCACGCCCAGCAAUGCUGGCUGUUUCUAACCCCUGUUCAGUAUUUCACUUGUUCAUCUACCACCUCCCUGUUGGGGGUGGGCAGAUGAAACUAGCAAUGGACGUCUGACCUUGGGCCAGUCACUUCUCCUAAGCCUCCUGUUCCCCAAUAGUAAAAAGAGGGAGGCUUAAGAUGAUCUACAUGUUCCCCUCUGAGUAGUAAUCUUCUGUGGAAUUCAUAUUCUACCCUCCAGCACCGAGGGGCAAGGGUGUCACUCUGCCCCCACCGCCUGCCUCACAUCUUGCUCAUUACUUUAGGAUCUCAAAGCACUUUCACUAUUAGUUCCCCUCUGUUGUCCUUUUUAUUUCCCAGACAAAGGGAAAUGACUCACCCCAAAGUCAAGUGGAGUGGGUGGAAUGGUGUCAUACAAGCAAACAGGGAGUCCCUACAGACAUCCCUACCUCUGUGGCAACUCCUUCCCCUGGAGGUGUUCUCUCUAGGACGAGUAGAAGGGAAAGGGGGUCACAUUUCCUUUCCUUCUCUGGACUUUGCCCCUAAGCAGAGGGCAGCCUAAGCUCCUGACUCCAGGGAAAUCUCCCUCCCUGGCUUCUCUCUCUCCCGGUCACCAGUAACCUCAGGACGAGGUCAGUCCCGCAAUCACGUGAAGCCCUCACGUUUGCAAGGUUUGCAGAAAGGGCCUCUUAGCUUUGAUCUCCCAGAGAGCAGCCAAGCUUGCCAGUCCCUCCCCAGAAAUUCACAUGCCCCUGCCAUACAGGCUUUCUAAACACGCCACCCUGACUCUUCAGCGCACCCCACCCCACUCUCAGCUCCUCCCAGGUCCCGGUAAGCGCUUUGCCAGGCUGAAAGAGGAAAGGCACGCAGUCCGCCCACUUUGUCAGUGGACUACAAAUCCCGACAGUCUCGUCGUUGCGCAGGCGCACAGAGCUCAACGUGCCGGCUGUUGGAAAAGUGUGUCACUGGGGCACGAGGCGCUCCCUGGGAUCACAUGGUACCUGCUCCAGUGCCGCGUGCGGCCCGGGAACCCUGGGCUGUUGGCGCCUGCGCAGAGCCCUCUGUCCCAGGGAAAGGCUCGGGCAAAAGGCGGCUGAGAUUGGCAGAGUGAAAUAUUACUGCCGAGGGAACGUAGCAGGGCACACGUCUCGCCUCUUUGCGACUCGGUGCCCCGUUUCUUCCCAUCACCUACUUACUUCCUGGUUGCAAUCUCUCUCUCUCUGGGACUUGUGCACUGGGAGCUCCAGAUUCGCUACCCCGCAGCGCUGCGGAGCCGGCAGGCAGAGGCACCCCGUACGCUGCAGAGACCCGACGCUCCUUGCUACCUUCUAGCCAGAAUUACUGCAGGCUAAUUCCCCCUACAUACUCUCUUUGCUCUUCCCAUGCAAAGCAGAACUCCGUUGCCUCAACGUCCAACCCUUCUCCAGGGCUGCAGUCCGGCCACCCCAAGACCUUGCUGCAGGGUGCUUCGGAUCCUGAUCGUGAGUCGCGGGGUCCUCUCCCCACCCUUAGCCAGUGCCCAGGGGGCAAAGCGGUGAUCGCAACCUCUAGUUUGAGUCAAGGUCCAGUUUGAAUGACCGCUCUCAGCCGGUGAAGACAUGACGACCCUGGACUCCAACAACAACACAGGUGGCGUCAUCACCUACAUUGGCUCCAGUGGCUCCUCCCCGAGCCGCACCAGCCCUGAAUCCCUCUAUAGUGACAACUCCAAUGGCAGCUUCCAGUCCCUGACGCAAGGCUGUCCCACGUACUUCCCACCGUCCCCCACUGGCUCCCUCACUCAAGACCCAGCUCGCUCCUUUGGGAGCAUUGCAGCCAGCCUGAGUGAUGAUGGCUCCCCUUCUUCCUCAUCUUCCUCGUCGUCAUCCUCCUCUUUCUAUAAUGGGAGCCCCCCAGGGAGUCUACAAGUGGCCAUGGAGGACAGCAGCCGAGUGUCCCCCAGCAAGAGCUGCAGCAACAUCACCAAGUUGAAUGGCAUGGUGUUACUGUGUAAAGUGUGUGGGGACGUUGCCUCGGGCUUCCACUAUGGCGUGCACGCCUGUGAGGGCUGCAAGGGCUUUUUCCGUCGGAGCAUCCAGCAGAAUAUCCAGUACAAAAGGUGUCUGAAGAAUGAGAAUUGCUCCAUCGUCCGCAUCAAUCGCAACCGCUGCCAGCAAUGUCGCUUCAAGAAGUGUCUCUCCGUGGGCAUGUCUCGAGACGCUGUGCGUUUUGGGCGCAUCCCCAAACGAGAGAAGCAGCGGAUGCUUGCUGAGAUGCAGAGUGCCAUGAACCUGGCCAACAACCAGUUGAGCAGCCAGUGCCCGCUGGAGACUUCACCCACCCAGCACCCCACCCCAGGCUCCAUGGGCCCCUCGCCACCCCCUGCUCCAGUCCCCUCACCCCUGGUGGGCUUCUCCCAGUUCCCACAACAGCUGACGCCUCCCAGAUCCCCAAGCCCCGAGCCCACAGUGGAGGAUGUGAUAUCCCAGGUGGCCCGGGCCCAUCGAGAGAUCUUCACCUACGCCCAUGACAAGCUGGGCAGCUCACCUGGCAACUUUAAUGCCAACCAUGCAUCAGGUAGCCCUCCAGCCACCACCCCGCAUCGCUGGGAAAAUCAGGGCUGCCCACCUGCCCCCAAUGACAACAACACCUUGGCUGCCCAGCGUCAUAACGAGGCCCUAAAUGGUCUGCGCCAGGCCCCCUCCUCCUACCCUCCCACCUGGCCUCCCGGCCCUGCACACCACAGCUGCCACCAGUCCAACAGCAACGGGCACCGUCUAUGCCCCACCCACGUGUAUGCAGCCCCAGAAAGCAAGGCACCUGCCAACAAUCCCCGGCAGGGUAACUCCAAGAAUGUUCUGCUGGCAUGUCCUAUGAACAUGUACCCGCACGGACGCAGUGGACGAACGGUGCAGGAGAUCUGGGAAGAUUUCUCCAUGAGCUUCACGCCCGCUGUGCGGGAGGUGGUAGAGUUUGCCAAGCACAUCCCGGGCUUCCGUGACCUUUCUCAGCACGACCAAGUCACCCUGCUUAAGGCUGGCACUUUUGAGGUGCUGAUGGUGCGCUUUGCAUCAUUGUUCAACGUCAAGGACCAGACAGUGAUGUUCCUAAGCCGCACCACCUACAGCCUGCAGGAGCUUGGUGCCAUGGGCAUGGGAGACCUGCUCAAUGCCAUGUUCGACUUCAGCGAGAAGCUCAACUCCCUGGCGCUUACCGAGGAGGAGCUGGGCCUCUUCACCGCGGUGGUGCUUGUCUCUGCAGACCGCUCGGGCAUGGAGAAUUCCGCUUCGGUGGAGCAGCUCCAGGAGACGCUGCUGCGGGCUCUUCGGGCUCUGGUGCUGAAGAACCGGCCCUUGGAGACUUCCCGCUUCACCAAGCUGCUGCUCAAGCUGCCGGACCUGCGGACCCUGAACAACAUGCAUUCCGAGAAGCUGCUGUCCUUCCGGGUGGACGCCCAGUGACCCGCCCGGCCGGCCUUCUGCCGCUGCCCCCUUGUACAGAAUCGAACUCUGCACUUCUCUCUCCUUUACGAGACGAAAAGGAAAAGCAAACCAGAAUCUUAUUUAUAUUGUUAUAAAAUAUUCCAAGAUGAGCCUCUGGCCCCCUGAGCCUUCUUGUAAAUACCUGCCUCCCUCCCCCAUCACCGAACUUCCCCCCCUCCCCUAUUUAAACCACUCUCUCUCCCCCACAGCCCUCCCCUGGCCCCCUGAUUUGUUCUGUUCCUGUCUCAAAUCCAAGAGUUCACAGCUGAGCUGGCUUC